GGAAAUAACCGCCCACCUUGCAGACUCUCUUGCUGUGACAGUAUGCCGGCCAGUCCUUUCAUCACCAUCAACCAGAAUCCCCCAAGGUGGCUCCGGUCAUUCAUCCUUCAGGGUCUUAGCCAAGUUCAGCUCUUCCAUUCAACUAAAUCCAAUGAUCCAAUGAUCCAAUAAUCUUCUUCAACAACCGAAACCACCCGGCCCGAAACAUGAGUCUCGCUUACCAUCCACCGAUUCAGGUGCAGUGCGGACGCCACCUCGACGUGGUCACUCGUAUCAGCCCCAACCAUCAUCAAGCCCAUUGGAGACUAAACUCUCUGGUGGCGCCGCGUGCCGAACCGGACUGGUUCGUACCUAAGCUCUGGCCUUCAUUGACUUCAUUUAGGGCUGAUAGCUGGCGGUUUCGUUGUGAGUAUGGCAAGUAUGCCUUGUUCGCCUGGUCAAUCCAUCGGGAGGCAGUACCCGAUGGACACACCCGAGUCAGGCAGUCAGCCUUUGGAGAUGCUUUUUGGGACAAAUUCGGAGAACUUUGACCAGGCUUCGAGCUUCAAUGGCAUAUUCAGAGGUUGUGAUUUGCUGGGAUGUUUCUGGCGGAUGUCUCUACCAGUUGGAGACUCGAUAGCUCUCCUUCAGGAGCCGCACGUGGAGCGUAGAAUAAAGAGCGCAAGGGAUCCUGACUGAUUGCAUCGCAGCCAUGCUGGCCCUCCAUAUCGUCCUCUACGUCCUGUUGGGCACCUCCUUGACCUUUGCCAUUGUCGAGUUGGGUCUGUGUGCCUAUGUCGCUACUGCUUUCACCGGUAGUACCGAGGUGUACACCUGGGACCCCUAUCAGGGUUAUACCUACACGACUGUUCACCAGAGUACCCCGGGUAUCCUAAUCUUCAUCAUCUUCACGGCCUGCUGGACUAUCCUUCUGUGCACUGCUGCAUUGGUUCUCCCCUGGUUCUAUGCUCGCAAGGGUGCUGUCACCAGCAAGUUGAACGGUAUCCUCGGUGUUACAUUCAUCGUCCUUUACUUCGUCACCUUUGUCUUCUGGUUGGCCUGCUUUGCAGAUAUCGAGGCCGAGCUCGGUGGUGGUGUCAGCUGGAGUGACUACCUGAAUGCUGUCAUUGCCUUUGGCGUUCUCCUCUGGCUCCUCUUCCUCGCCCUGUUCAUCCUCGCCAUCCUCGCCGUAACCGGCAUUCUAGUCGGCGACUGGGCCGGCUACCAGUCCAUGAAGAAGGGGGCAGUGGACCCAGAGCAACCCGAGACCUCGACAGUCCCUGCUUCUGCCAAUGAUGUGCCGAUCGGUAUGCCCCCAGCCCCCGUUGCUGCUUCGGAGCUGUCGAGUCGUGAUGCUGAGGCUUUCCAUAACCAGCCACCCACUAGCCAGACGUACAGUUCUUCCUCGCCGUCCGGUAUCGCCAGCGCCGAGUUGGGCGGUGAUAGCGCCGUCUACACAGAGAAACAUUCCGGUUAUCCUUGAUCAAACAUGACACACCAUCGACAAUCGACGAUGAUGAAAUGAUUUCGAAGUGGUUUUGCUGCCUCAAAACUCUGGUACUUGUGAUGCGAUAAUGGUAUAGUUGUAGUUGGGUGGAGAGAUACCCCAUUUGGUUUUUGAUUUGGAUAUCUUAAUUAAUAUGGUGUUGAUAUUGUUAUUCUACUCGAUUGAUGCUGAGUUAUGCUCUCUACUUGUCUUCCAGAGUUGUAGUUCCAGGCUAGUUGAAUGAAGGAAUG